AUGGCCGGCCCCCAAUCGCGCGUCCCAGCACCAACCUCGCGCCGCCGCCCACCCCCAACCGGCGACGAAGAAGCCACCACGCACCUCAAACUCGGCGAAAUGUCCGGCGAACAAGCCCUCUCCCCCGCCGAAGUCACCCUCAUGCUCGACCAACUCGAGAAAGCCCGCGGCCAGCCCAACCACACCGAAAUCUACUACAAGACCCGCGAUUACUGCCGCCACUUUGCGCGCUUCAAGGACGACAACAGCAUACGACAGGUCAACCAGAUCAGUACCGAGCUGACGGAGCGCGAGCUGGGAAUCACGCAGUUUGAGAGGGCGCAGUUGGCUACACUAUGCUGCGACACGGCCGAAGAAGCACGCACUCUGGUCCCUUCGCUAGAGGGCAAGAUCGGCGACGACGAGCUGGAAAUUGUGCUCAACGACAUUGCCAAGCUACGUGACUUCCAGUAG